AUGGAAGGAGUGAUUUUCAAGCUGAUAAAAUUGUUACUUUUAGUGUUAUAUCUUCACAAUGGUAACAUAUCAAUACACGCAGCGAGGCAUCAGAACCUCAUAUACUACUCACUGCCUGAAAAGAGACCACUGAAGAAGGCCCUAGGGUUCAUUGAAGACACAUACCUGAACUUCACAGAACUCACAAAUAAAUAUGGAUAUCCUACAGAGCAACACGACGUGAUCACUGAUGAUGGAUACAUUUUAGCAGUGUUCAGGAUAUUGCCGAAGUGCGAUGGGCAGAAGCGAGGGUUUCCAAUAAUACUGAUGCAUGGGAUUUAUGAUUCAUCAGACGAAUGGAUACUUACAGGUCCUGAAACAGGACUCGGUUACAUACUUGCCAAUAACUGCUACGACGUGUGGGCCGCUAACCACAGAGGAAAUGUAUACUCCAGACGUCACGUCACUCUCAACCCCAAUAAGGACGCAGAUUUCUGGGACUACACCUUCGAUGAACACGGCUACUACGAUGUGCCUGCUAUCGUCGAUUAUGUGUUACGUAUCACACAGCAACCCAAAGUGAAUUACAUUGGUCAUUCUCAAGGUACUACAGAUUUCUUCGUAAUGGGAUCUCUGAGGCCAGAAUAUAACAAUAAAAUCCAGAUGUCGUUUCAUUUAUCACCUGUUGCGUGGAUGAAAAAUAUUGCAAGCCCUUUGCCAAGACUCGUUGCCCCAGCAAGUAAGUCUAUUAGAAGAUUGCUGGAUGAUUUAGGAUUUAGAGAAUUGUUCGCGAAGCACCAGUUUAUUCAUUCGUUACUAGAAUUCUUGUGUCAAUUCGCUCCUGAUGAUAUAUGUGGCGAAGCAUACACAGCAGCUACUGGAUACAAGAGAGGAAACAUAUCUUCACGAAACCUGGCCGUGUCGUUCGGGCAUCUAUUUGCUGGUAUUUCAAGCAAAGACCUCGACCAUUUUGGGCAGUUGGUAGCGACAGGGAGAUUUCAACGUUAUGAUUAUGGAAUGAAGGAAAACAUCAAGAGAUAUGGUUCGCCGAUACCUCCAGAAUAUGAUGUAUCCAAAAUCACUUCGGCUGUAGUUCUUAUUAGUGCUCAAAACGAUGGAGUGUCUAGUUUAAAAGACGUAGAAAUAUUAGCUUCAAAGCUACCGAAUUUGAUAGAAAAUUACUUAGUUCCAGACCCCAGCUGGAGUCACAACGACCAAGUAUUCGGCAAGAAAGCUCCAAAAAUAGUGUUCGCGAAAAUAGUAGAACUACUUAACAAAUACAACUCCUAA